CUUCCCUUCCUGGUUACAGGACCCCGGACUUUUGGCUGGGAAAGACAUUUUUGGAAAUUUGCAGGAUUUCCUAGCUUGUUUCCGAGGAUUAAUGUGAAUUGGCUGAAUUGAGCCUCAUUAAUCCUAUAAUUCAGUGUUUCUCAACCUUGCCAGUUUGAAGAUGCUGGCUGGGGAAUUCUGGGAGUUGAAGCCCAAUGCAUUUUCAAGCUGUCAUGGUUGAGAAACGCCGCUAUCAUUAAGCCUGCAGGCUUGGAGGUCUUUGAACUCUGCUGGCAGAGCGGAAAGAAUAAGUCAUGUUUCAUGCACAUCUGGAACAGAGCACCGCCAAACUUUUUCCCGUGGUGAUUAUAGGAAACGGCCCCUCCGGAAUCUGCUUGUCCUACCUCUUGUCUGGCAACGUGCCUUACGUCAGAAGGAAUUCCGUUCAUCCUAAUCCGAUCUUGCAAAGGAAAUUAGAAGAGACCCCAGAGGUUCCCAUAGUAGAUCAGGAUCUGGAGUAUCUCUCUGAAGGUUUAGAGGGUCGAUCUUCCAGUCCAGUGGCUCUCCUUUUCGAUGCCCUUCUGCGUCCGGAUACAGACUUUGGCGAGACAGCUGAUUCUGUCCUCACUUGGUGGCAUGAACCUGACCGAGCGAUCCCUCAUCUGGUUCUGGGCAAAACCCUUCCUGGAGGAGCCUGGCAUUCUAUUGAAGGAUCCAUGUUCACCCUGAGCCAAGGAGAUUGGAUGGGGCUUCCUGACAUACCAUUCAAACAAUGGUUGACCAAGAAGAAAAGAGGCUUCAGAAACAACAGGGCAACUGCUGGCGACAUAGUCCAAUACUACCAAUAUUACGUGGCCAAGAAAGGGCUGAAGAAGAACUUUGUUUGUGGAACUCUGGUGACAUCUGUGAAGAGACUGAAUUUGGAUUUGGAAGAGAGCUAUGGCGGCCCAGAUUCCAAGGACAGCCGGUCCAUCUGGGGUUCAUCCCAGGGAUCCCAAGGAAACAGGGACAGUCUCUUUCAGGUUGAUGGGAUUGUCACCAACAGGGGUGGCACCCAUCCCUUCACAGUUUAUGCAGAGAAUGUGGUUUUAGCCACGGGGACCUAUGAUAGCCCAACCCAGCUUGGGAUCCAAGGCGAGCAUCUCCCUUUCAUCCAUCACACACUGUCGGCUCUGGAAGAAGCUGUCAAGAACAAAGAGAUUGGGAUCAUGUCGGACCCAAUCUUGAUCGUAGGAGCUGGCUUAACGGCCGCAGACGCAGUCCUCUUUGCCCACCAUUAUAGCAUUCCAGUGAUCCACGUUUUCCGCCGGCGAGUCAAUGACCCAGCCCUCAUCUUCAACCAGCUCCCCAAAACAAUGUACCCCGAAUACCACAAAGUCCACCAGAUGAUGAGGGAGCAGGCCAACCCUUACCCAGGGCCGUACGAACACUACGUCAGCUUUCCCGAGCACCACGUCGUCUGUUUUUUGGAGGACCGGAAGUGCAUCUUUGCGGACAAGAGCGGCCGUCAAAAAAUACACCCAAUCUCCAUGGCUUUUGUCCUUAUCGGCUCCAAUCCCAACCUCGCCUACUUGCCCAACAAUGGGAUGGACUUGGCUGUUGACUGUGAGCAGCCGGUCAGUUCCAAGAGGAACCCUGUAGAUGUUGAUCUCUUUACGUACGAGUCCGUGCAUGAGAAGGGGCUCUAUGCUCUAGGGCCAUUAGCUGGGGACAACUUUGUGAGGUUUGUGCAAGGUGGUGCGUUGGCCAUCGCUAGCUCUCUGCUGAAGAAGACCCAAAAUCCUCCUGAAUGCCAGUGAAUGUAACCUCCUCUGAAGGGUGACUCUUGGCCAACUUUUGAGAGCGGGCAUUGGGUGUGUAGCUGGGUUUUCAGAUCUGAAGACUCCUUGAAAGCCUUCAAAAUGGGCCGGGCUAGGCCAAGUGUCCAGCCCAAGAAGAUAACAGCAGAAUCCUUGCAGAAUGUUUGACUUCUUAAUCUUUCUACUUCUGAGAGGUAGAGAUGGGUUAGGAAAGCUUGAGUAGAUCCCACGGUGCAAAUCAGGUGUUGCCUCAGUUAAACCUGAAGCAAGUUAUCUCUCCGUGCGUAACCUGAAGACCUCCGUCCACAUUAUUCUGAAGUACAGUGAAAGCACUGUUUGCAUCCAAAAUAAUCCUUUCUGCUCACGGAAGAGCGGUGGCUUUCCAUUAACUAAUGCGCCCCAUGGUUCUUCAGGGAACCUCAAAGUGAGUCAGAACAGAAUUUCAGUAGAUCCAUGAAUGCACAGCAAAGAAUGGGAAGAUCUGUAGUUCUCCAAGGCCAUCAAUGCAUGGAAGUGCCUUUCCGUUAUAAGGGCUGGGCGGAAGGUGGGUCUGCAUCCAACAUAAAAACCCGAAACAGACUCAAACCAACUCUCCAGAUAGGCAGAAUUCUCCAGCCAUCAUGGUUCCUGCUGAGAUCUGGAAGGUGCCAGGUUUGAGGGGGAGUUUAGUCUAGAACAGGAUUGUCAAACUGCAGGCAUGCGCUGGCCAGGCCUACCCGUUUUAGCGAAGGGGAAAAAAGUCACGAUAUGCCACGUGAUAACAAUGUGAUGACACGAGUUUGACAUCCCUGGUCCAGGGCAGUGUUGGCAACCUUA